UGUUGGAACUUGUAUGUAGUACAUUUUGUGAUGAAUAAUUACUACAUCAAGGUUAAAAAUAUCAUGCUGCUUAUGUUAAAACACAAUGAAGUCUGUGUCAAACCUGCAAAAGUUUCGCAUAGACCAGCUGCUUCUGAUAGAUUUACAAUUAAUGUACCAGUCUUGAUUCAUGAUUAAGUUUCUGUGUCUAGUGGAUUAUGAAAUGUUUGGAUAUAGUCCAAUUAUCUGGAUAAUCGUAAAUAAUAAAUUUACGCAGGUACUUUCAGGACUUAUUUAUAGCACAUAUUUUCACAUUUUUAAUUUACGCAUAGGGUUACAGUGUGAAUUCAGGAGAGAAGUGACUUUGAUUUAUUGUAAAAGGGGGAAAUUGUGACAACUGACAAGAGAGAUGGGAACUUUAUAUGAAUGUUUAAAAGAGGCAAAGUUAGAGCGAUACUAUCCGUCAUUCAGAGCACAAGGUAUCACAAAAUCAGAAGCUUUAACACGUCUUACAGCAAGUGACUAUCCAGUAUUUGGUAUAACCUCUGCAGAAGACAAGAGACGUCUUGUAGAGCUGAUCAGUAUCAUCAAAGCAGUGCACAAUGUCACAGACAGAGAUGACAUACUUUCAGGGCCUUCAGUGAACAACAGAGCCAUACAGAAUGCUAGAAACAAAUCACCAAGAAAAAGAAACAGAAGUCCAGCACAAACACCAAUACAGACAGCAGGACGUGCAUUGUCAGCGACAAAUGAUGUACGAGUUAGAGACAGGUCAAGGACAAAUGCAAGCAGUCAUCAUCUCUCAGCUGCUGGAGCAGCAUUACUUGAUCUGAUUGAUGAUGAAGAGUCAUCAGAAGAUUCAGAUGAAGACUCUGAGGAACAUUCCGACUACGAGCCCGCUGUAAAACACAGCGUAACAGCAUCAGUGGCCAGAGAAUUCCCGGGGAGAGUACGCAAAACACCAGUGGAGAAAGUCAAAUAUGGUGCUGGUUAUAAUUAUGGAGUUCCUGGAGGUGGUUCAGGAGCUCGUACAAAGUUGCGGCCUGGUGCCGGGCGGUUACAUGAGGACAAAAUAAAAGUGUGUGUACGUAAGCGGCCAUUGAGUAAGCGGGAGGUACGAAGUGGGGAAGAAGACAUGAUCCAGGCAGCCAGUACAACAACACUAGUUGUGUCAGAGCCUAAACAAGCUGUGGAUCUCACAGCAUAUACUCUACAGCAUGAAUUCAUCUUUGAUGAAGUGUUUGAGGAGUCAUGUUCAAAUGAAGAUGUUUAUAUCCGAGCUGCAAGGCCACUAAUUAAUUGUAUAUUUGAUGGAGGAAGUGCUACAUGUUUUGCUUAUGGUCAGACCGGGGCCGGCAAGACUCACACAAUGAUUGGCAACAGGGAGAUACCGGGUUUGUAUCUCCUGGCGGCACAUGAUAUCUUCUCCAUUAUAGAAUCAGCACAGUAUGGUACAGGUGUUAAAGUUUGGGUCAGCUUCUUUGAAAUCUACUGUGGUCAACUGUUUGAUCUUCUCAAUAAAAGAAACAGGUUACAUGCUCGUGAAGAUGGUUCCCAUCGUGUAUGUAUAGCUGGUCUCACUGAAACAGAAGCAGUGGAUGAACAAUCACUCAUGCAGGUACUGGAGUAUGGUAAUUCUGUGAGAAGUAAAGGAGCCUCAGGAGUAAAUCCAGACUCGUCAAGGUCACAUGCAGUAUUACAGAUGGAAAUAAGGGAUAGGGCAGAUAAAAGACUUGGCAGGAUAUCGUUCAUUGAUCUAGCAGGUAGUGAGAGAGCCUCAGAUUCUGGUGACACAGACAGACAAACUAGAAUGGAAGGAGCUGAAAUCAACCAGAGUCUUCUAGCUCUGAAGGAGUGUAUCAGAUCGAUAGAUCAGGAGAGUCGACACAAACCUUUCCGACAGAGUAAACUGACACACAUAUUGAAGGAUUCAUUCAUCGGCAAUUCUAAGACUUGUAUGAUAGCCAACAUAUCACCAGGAAGUUCCUCUUGUGAACAUACACUGAACACUCUCAGAUAUGCUGACAGAGUGAAGGAACUAAGACGCGGUGCACAGUCAGCUCCCUCUACCAGCAGAAGUACAAAUGUGGCCAUGUCUAAUAUACUGAUGAAUAUACCUGCGUCUGCUCCAUCUAUAUUUCAGCCAUCCAAUAUUCUCUGCUCAUCCACUCCAAUGAGACAGAGUACACGACAGUUCACAAACAGAAAUGCUAGUGCUGAUUUACAUUUAGACCCUAGUGAGACACCAAUUAGGGGCCCGGGUGCAAGGAGAAAAACCUCAAGUGCUUUAUCUAGAAGUGAAUCCAAAUCACAAAAUUCCAGUCACAGAGCUGGGACAAGUUUCAGUUCAAGUACUUCAAGUAAAUCUCAAGUGACUCGGCAUGUUGCCCCAAAUGUGAUAAAUUCUGGAAAUAAACAAAACUUAUCGUCCAAUAGUGAGUCCGAUCAGACUGAAUCUGAUUCUUGUAACAUGACUGGUCCCCAGAAACCAGUCAAUCUGCCAAAUCAGAUGUUGAAUAUUCAAAACCAGUCUGGAAAUAAUAAAAGCACCUACUCUCGUAAAAACAUGUAUGUAAGUAAAAGUUCAAAUUUAGGUGGUCAGACUGCCGUAUCUAACACAAGUCAAAAUAUACCAGUGAUAAAGUCAUCUGACACUGAUAAUGAUUUUCCAACUACAGACUUCAACAAUGAAGAGGAGGAAUUGAAUGAUCUUAAUCGAACUGGUGAUAAAAAUAAUGUUGCUGCUAGUGUACCAGUCUUUCCUUCAACUAAUUCUGGGAAGUCUGAGACACAGUCAGGUGACAAAUUGGACAAAGAAAAGACUGCAUUUUCGAGUGGUGCACAGUCUAGACUGUCAUCUGUGUCAGCUAGUGUACCUGUCCUUAGGAAAAAGAAUUAUGUAGAGAACCAGACUGGUUCUCAGGUUGAUAGUCGCUGUCAGACAGAGCUUCCUCAAAGUGAACAGAGACAAAAUGAAGGAAGCUCUAGACCUCAGGCAAAUUCAGGAAAUUCUCAACCUUACAGAAAUAAUUCUCAAUUAAAUGAAGGCAGUCAGCCAUCUUCAGCAAAGUCAGCCUCAACAUCAGUUUCUAAAACCAAAGACUUAGAUGUUGAAACCAAGACAACUGAUAACAGGCUCAGGCUUAGGAUGCCAUCUACUCUAACUGAGAGUUUUAAUGAAGAUUUACUAUUUGAUUCACCAUCUAUAGACCAGAGGGUUUGGACACCAAGAACUCCUAGUGAAAAUUCUGGAACCCAGCCCAGGAUUCCACAAGACCCUUCUUUACAGCCAGAAAUUCCUGCUGUACUGCCAGCCAAAAGUACUGAAUUGACAACAUUUUCACAGUCCCCUAGAUGGCAUUUGAACAAAAAUCAGAGCAAUUACCCAGUGCCUGCACAGCAGCCGCAGGGAUUCAGACCCGAGCCUUUACGUACAUUUCCCAAGGAAAAGUCAGAAAAUAGGCCUACAGAUGUAGGAAAUCAUACAAAUGUUCAGAAUAACAGUGCCGUAUAUACUGAUAACAGACAAAGACAGCUUGAUCCAGAUAAUACUAAAAGGACUCCAUAUGUUAUACCAAAGUCUGGAGAGAAUCAUUUCAGUAAUGUAAACACCCAUACAAAGCCAGGUUCAGAUUCUGACAUGUCAAAGAAGACAGCCUGGGCUCCAAAUAGCGUGAAACAAGAAGAAAAGGAAGAACAUGAACCAAUUAGUGCUAAUUGGUUUACAACACCUGCUGAUCAUGAAACACAUUUAACAAAAUCAGUGAGUGAGAAAAAACUGUUUGAAAAUACUGAUAGAAAAUCAAUAGUGCCUAAACGUGAUAGAGAAGAUUCGAAAUCUGGAAUGAAUUUACAAGAUGUAGAUGAUGAAUACUUACCAAUGGCGAGGAAUGUUGACAAGAACAGAUCAGCUCAUAGUGACAGUGGAAUAUUGUCAGCUGUCUCCGACACAGAAUGUAAACAAAGUCAGAUAACAACAAGUAAAACCAGCAAAAACACAGGCAAUGCUGCUGGUUAUCAGAACUCAAACUUUGCAAAGCCCGGUUAUUUCAGUGACUCGGGAGCAGAUGCUAAUGGAUUUAUCUCCAAACAUCGUUUGGUCCAUUCUCCAGUAACAUCACGGCAAAGUUCAAACACUUCCCCUGUGAUAAAGGACUACGUGUCUUUGUCUCCAGUCAAUGAACAAGCUACAAAUUUUUCAAAAAAAUCUGAGAGAGAGGUAAAUUCUGUAUCACCAGCAAGUGGCAUGUCUAGUAAUGGUGUUUUAAAAACAGAAAAGCUCAAGGUUGGUGCAACAUUUUCACCCAUACACCCACAACCAGUAACUAACAGUAAAGUUUCUAAAAGUGUAGCUGUGAGUAAGGACAUACUGCAUCCAACACCACUUGGUAAAAUAUCAGCGUCAGUUGAUACUCAGCAGGACCGUCGUAUCUCAUCACAGGCUAGUAACAACAGUUCAGGUAGUGAAGUGAUAGAUUUAAAGUCUCAGUUGAUUACCUCCCAUGAAGAUCAGCUUGCCACAGUGACCUCCCUUUGUAAACAAGAAAUGAAGCUUCUUCUUGGAGCCAAAGCUGGUAACAAGAAAUUUGAUGACUACAUGAAGAAAGUUAGUGAUGUAUUGUCACAGAAGAUGGCGGCAAUACAACUUUUACAAGACCAGAUCAUUGCCUACCAACUCAGUACUGAUGAUGCUGGCUUUUGAUCAUCCACUUUGCAAACAUAUCUGUUUUGUUGUGUGCAGAUUUUAAAAAAAAAUUCGAAGCCAGAUUAUGGGCUUAAUUGAAAACAGGUGUUGGAUUUGUGAUAUAUGUGGCAUUAACUGUACUCGAGUAUUUUAAGCAUUCCUUUUCACCAAGGUAGAGAAAAACAAAUGUGAUAUUUUAUUAUUUUAGCUUACUAUGAUAUGCUUGUAUGUCUGCAUAAAUUAUUUGUGUAACUGGGAUAUAUUUAUGUCUUAUAUUGUCUUUAAUGCAUUGUGUUCAAUAUAAAUAAUAUAAUCAUCAUACAACAUUUAUUCUAAUAGAGGCAAAGAAUGUUUCCUAUAUGUUUAAGUAAAUAUAACCUCUCUAAAGGCAAAUAUCAGAUUAUAAAGGCAGGUAUGCUAAUAUUCCCAGAAAUCUGGUUACAUAUUUAUUAGACAAAGCUCUUUUAUCAUGUUUAUCUCCAGAGUAACAAGGUCAGUUCUGCACACAGAUUAUCUUCCCCAGUGGUGUAAUGGCAGGAUUUCUGUGUACUGGUUGGUCACACUCCAACUUACAGCAAACAUUUUCAGACAGUUAAGAUACAGUUAAUACUCAAACACACGGAAUUUAUAUAUAUGAUUGCAAUCCAUAGAGGGUGAUAUGAAAAAUGUACACCCCCAAGAUAUGUGGAUAUCAGCCUAGACAUUAUCCAACUUGAAGGUCUGUGUUCCUGUUUUGCAGGAAAAACUUGUUUCAUAUCACCCUCCCUGGAAUGCAAUAUUUAUUUUAUUUAUCCCCCCGCCAAAGGCAAAGGGGAUAUUAGAAAUGCUCUCCGUCUGUGCGUGCGUCCGUCCAUCCGUCCGUCCGUGCGUCUGCAACAAUCUUUGUCCGGAGCAUAACUCCAAAAGUACUGGAGGGAUUUUCUUCAAACUUCAUACACUGAUAGAACACAUUGGGAGGAAGUGCAGUGUGCAAAAACAAUAACUGUACCUUGCAUAUUUUUUUAGUUAUUCCCCUUUAUCAUACUUUCUUAAAAAAAUUUGUCCGGAGCAUAACCCCAAAAGUAAUAGAGGGAUUUUCUUCAAACUUCAUACACUGAUAGAACACAUUGGGAGGAAGUGCAGUGUGCAAGAACAAUAACUCUACCUUGCCUAUUUUUUGAGUUAUUGCCUUUUAUCAUAUUUUCUUAAAACAUUUUGUCCGGAGCAUAACCCCAAAAGUACUGGAGGGAUUUUCUUCAAACUUCAUACACUGAUAGAACACAUUGGGAGGAAGUGCAGUGUGCAAGAACAAUAACUCUACCUUGCCUAAUUUUUGAGUUAUUCCCCUUUAUCAUAUUUUCUUAAAAAAAUUUGUCCGGAGCAUAUCUUCUUCAUGCAUGGAGGGAUUUUGAUAUAUCUUGGCACAAAUGUUUAUCACCACCAGGCGGAGUGUCAUGCGCAAGAACCAGGUCCCUAGGUCGAAGGUCAAGGUCACAGAGGUCAAUGGAUACAAAAAUAAAAACCUUGUCCGGAGCAUUUCUUCAUGCAUAGAGGGAUUUUGAUAUAACUUGGCCCAAAUGUUCACUACCACGAGACGGAGUGUCAUGCGCAAGAUCCAGGUCACUAGGCCUAAGGUCAAGGUCACACUUAGAGGCCAACGGUCAGAUACAAGAAUGACUGUCCGAAGCAUUUCUUCGGCAUGCAUGGAGGGAUUUUGAUGUAACUUGGCCCAAUUAUACACCAUCAUGAGACGAAGUGUCAUGCGCAGUUCCCUUCUUUAGAAUUACUUCCCUUUAUUGUUACUUUAAAUAGCUUUUAUUUUAACUUUUUCAUUACUAGUUGUAGGGAAAAAUCGAGACCACUUUUCUGUAAUACAACAAGCGUGCUAAAUCCAAUUUUGAGGUGUAUUUUGACCAAUUUCUACCUGAUAAAGAUUUUUAUGUGGACUUGCAAUUUUCUUUUUUUUUUUUUUUUUUUUUUUUUUUUAAAGAUUAACUUCCCUUAGUUGUUACUAUAAAUAACUUAUAUUAUAACAUUUUUAUAAUUGACCCUAGGGAAAAAACAAGACCACUUUUCUGUGGUACAACAUAGAUGUUACUCUCCAAUUUUAGGUGUAUUUUAUUAUGUAUAAGGUAUCUCUACUUGGUAAGGAGUUUUUUGUAGACUUUAAAAUACAAAAGACUUACAAUGAUUACUAAACAACCACAAAAUUAACAUUCCAUUUGCAAAUACAGCAGCUAGAGUAAAGAAAUUUGCUUUGACGGGCAUAUAUUGUGACAUUCUGGCACUUUUGUUCCCUGUUAGCUUUCCAUUCCUUCUUUUUACAGUAGCCAUAUAGAAAAACAUCAUAGCUAUACUGUUCGUGAAAAUUAAUAAAAUUUAGCAGUAAACCACCUCACUACUGACUUAUUCUUUCUUCCACA